GUCGCAAGGCAUCUCCUUCCCCGUCUUUCCUCCCUUCCCCCUCCCCUCCUGCCCCGCCCACCCAUUGGCGCUUGCUCCCUCCUUUUUUCGUCCCCCCCCCCCAACUCCCGACCAUGAGCGAGGACCUUCAGUCCCUCCGCCGGACCGUGGCCCUGGCCAGCGAGGCGCCAACCAGCGACGCGGAGGUGGCCGAAUUCGAGGCCGAGUACCAGCCCUUCCUGGCGCGGUACGGCAAGUCGUACUACAUCGACGACCGGUUCAAGACCGACCAGUCGCACGGGGCGGUCUUCCACCAUGUGAAUGGGCUGCUGAUCCUCGGCCUGGCCCCCGGGCACUCGGUCCUGCGGACCGGGCAAACUGUCACCAAAGUGUCCUUCCCGGCGAACAUUUGCCAGUCCAUCGACAAGCGCGCCUGCAAGGGGCGUCCCCGCGGCCCGCCCCGGGGGCAAAAGAUCCACGCGCGCUCGACGCUGGCCACCUUCGAGGCUCGGCCGGCCGCCAGCGCCGAGGGCGCCCCCACCGAGCCGAUCACCUCCUCCAUCAACCUCGGCCUGUCGGGGGCGCAGCUGAUCGAGCUCAACCGCAACCUGGCCACCAAUCCGAGCCUCGUGUCCACCGCUCCCGAGAGCGAGGGCUUCCUGGCCAUUGCCAAGCCAUCCAACCAUCAGCGGGGGCCGAUUGUCCAGAAGUUCCCCUUCAACCCCUGGUGCGUCAGCCCGGAGCGCUAUGCCGGGGCCCUGGAGGCGUCGCUCCAGGAACAGGAGCAGCUCCUGAAGAAGGCCGCUGGCGAGGCCGAGGCCGAGGCCGUGCACCCGCCCGCUGUCGCCCCGCCGGUGGGAGCGGAGUCGGCGGCCACCGAGCCGGUUUGAUCCGCGGUCCGUGUCCCGGCUGCUGGCGGGGACGCGAUCGCCCGCGCGUGCGGGCCGUAGCGCCACCCGGCUGCUAGGCCCCGUCCGUCGGCAUCUGGCGUGAGAAUGGCCGGUCGAUCUUGGCCGCGCAUACGCCUCCGUCUCUCCUCCUGCCCGCCCUGCCUCCCCCCCCC